AUGAGAACCGGUCUCUCCAAGGCGCUGGCGUAUACAGAAGUGGAUCCAGACACAGGAGUCAAUCUGAUCGAUGUUUAUGCAUCACUAGACCUGAGUCAUCUUGUUGAGCUCUUCUGUUGCUUUGGUCACUGGCAUACUGAUGAUCUUAAGAAACACUACCUCGUUCAGCGUCUGGCAAGAGCAAACACGCGACGGAGGCAGCAAUUCCGAUACUGGAGAAAGCGCAGGGUCAAAUAUGAGGAAUAUUCCAAGUCAAUUGAACUGACACUGAAAACUCCCCAAAAUGCCAACAUUCAUCUCGAGCGCGAACACCCUGUUAUCCAUGGGCCUCCACGUGCUCCAUCGCAACCAUCCACAGCUACACUGCUGAACGUGGCCCGGGUAAGACUAGAAGACGAGGCUUCCAUGAUAUCGACAAAAUCUUGCCUUAUUCUGGAGGGCGACAAAAGCAGUGAACAUGUUUCGAUCCCACCACCUCCUGCGAUUGAUCCAAAUGCCAAGGAGUUUGAAUGCCCGUAUUGUUUCACGAUAUGCCCCCAACGCAUAUAUUCCGUGAUCUGCGUCCUUACGUUUGCACCUUUGAAGGCUGUAAAGAGCCAGAUCAACAGUACGACUCUCUUAGUGACUGGAUGUCUCACGAGGCGUCAAAACAUAACAGCAUCUCAGAUCUGGGUAACGGCCAUCAAGCUUAUAUCCGUAGCUGCCCCCCUGUGCCUGUCUCUGAAUGUCAGUCCGGCCCAUGUCGCAGGCCAUCUUCGCCGUAUAGCUUGCUUCUCACUACCUAGAUCAUGCAGCGGUAGAGAUGAGUCUGUACUUGGUGGUGGGCUAUCUGAUCGACCUGAAAUUGUAUCUCACAGUUCCGAGCGAUCCUCAAUGGAGAGCUUUUCGUGGGAGGCAUGGUCUGAGGCCGUUCCAACUGGUCGCGAGCCACAUCAGCCUGGAACUGAUGUGAGUAAAACUGAUAUAGUACUGGAAAAUACAACCGAACAGAUACAAGGACCAUGUGAGGAGAGAACUGAUGGAGGGGUUGGCAAGCAUGUCACUGGUUAUCCAACUAUGGUUCCAUUGCCAACUUCUUCACUACCAUCCCCAACAGGACGUAUCUCGGCGCCGGAAGAUCGUCUAGGUUUCCUUCUAGCAAACCGGCUGGAACUGACUAGCAUUCUCGGAGUUGGUGUGUAUAGCGUGGUCUACAAGGCCAUCGACAUCCACACAAAGGUGGAGUAUGCCGUCAAAGCACAGAACAAGGUUGGACUCGAUGCCCGACAGCCCAAGUUCCAGCAGCGCGAGAUCAAUCUCCACCAUCUGGCCAGCCAACAUCCCAAUGUGGUUUCGCUGGUUCGUAUAAUGGAUUCCAUCGACUGUACCUAUGUGGUCAUGGAAUUUUGCCCCGAGGGUGACCUUUUCUCCAGCAUCACCGAAAAAGGUCACUUCGUGGGCAAUGAUCCUUUGGUCAAACACGGCUUUCUCCAGAUCCUGGAUGCUGUCCAGUUUUGCCACUCAUUAGGAAUUUACCACCGGAACCUCAAGCCGGAAAACGUCUUGGUGGCCGAUAAUACCCUGACGCUGAAACUGGCCGGAUUUAGCCUCGCGACCACUGACCCCAUGACCUCGGAUUUCGGCUGCGGCUCAGCAUUCUAUAUGUCUCCAGAAUGCCAGCAAUCAAAUCCUCGACCCAUGUCGUGGUACGAAUCAGCCCCCAACGACGUGUGGAGUUUGGGCGUCAUCCUUGUCAAUCUGACGUGUGGUCGCAAUCCGUGGAAACGUGCGUCGCUCGAGGAUUCGACAUUCCAGGCUUAUCUGAAGGAUCCUUUCUUCCUUCAGUCCAUUCUCCCUUUGUCUGAUGAGAUGACCUGCAUCCUGAGCCGCGUUUUUGAAUGCGACCCUAGAAAGAGGAUCACCAUCCCAGACCUCCGAUCGCUGAUCCUGGACUGUCCCCGUUUCACAGAGGUACCAGUUACUACUAUGUUAGAGCCUCAGGCUCCUGAAUUACCUCUUUAA